GCUCUCCUGGUGGAGCAGAACUGCAACAGAGGGAUGCAGAGACGGAGACAGCAGAGGAGAGGAGAGCGAUAGCUGAUCUGUUCCUGCUUUCAUCCCACUCCCUGCCCUGUGUGCAGUGGAAGAGACCGCUGGCUCUGAGAGGCUGAAAGAGACUGCGCCGAGGAAGAAGAGCUCACACUGAGGAGGAAGAGCUCAGAGCUUCUGAUGGCCGACAGGGACAUUCUCCUGGAGCAGGACUACAUGGGCGAGCAGCACUCUGCCGACUGCUACGGGAGCCUACACAACGGGGGGUUCAUCCCUCCGCGAUUUCUCGCUGCUGCUACUGCCGGCGAUGACGAAGAGGAGGAUGACGACCCCAUCUACAUUGACUGCGACAUGGGGGGUCGUCAACCUCAGCACCCCAAAGGGAACUACUUCAGAGAUGGCAAAACCAAAAUAGACUUCGUGCUGGUGUGGGAGGUGCGCUCCCGCAGGAAGCGACGGUCGCGGGCGCGAGGGCGGGGCGACGGGGCGGAGCAGGGCGAGGCCGGGGCCGAGGAGGCCAGCCGGUCCGAACAGCGGAAAGCACAGCAGGCGCGGUGGCGGGACAAGUUCAUCCACAACCUGCAGACUGCUGGGCUGCUCCUGGAGAAGGAGGAGACUGUGAGUGUGAAGAAAACCAUCCAUUAUCUGAAGCUUAGCGCUCCCUGGGACGUGCUGGUCUAUUACGCAGAGGAGCUGGCUCUAAGAGCACCCCUGCAGGCUCAGCCCAAUCCGGACCAUAAUACGUCAGAUCAGGUCCUUCGGAAGUUCUGUAUCCCAAACGUCAUGAGACAGUCGGUACCAAACAAGCCGGUGGACUACUACACCUGCGCCUUCCGCAAAUCCAAGAUGGAGAAGUUCCUGGGCUGUGAGGACCAUGAUAACUACUUUACCAACACGCAGCGUCAUCGCAUCGUGUACGAGAUCCUGUCGUGCACGGCCUAUGGCAAGCGGAAGCGGGCGGAAGUGGGCGGGGCCAGGCUGCUGAAUGAAGGCGUGUUCACAGCACUGUUCCCGCUCCAUGAGGGCCCCUUUGAGAUCAAGGAUAAUGAGAUUCCGCCGGACCAGCUGAAUCAGAGGCAGGUUCUGUUCCAUUACUGGGCCCGCUGGUCUCGCUGGUACAAGUACCAGCCCCUGGACCACAUCCGCGAGUACUUCGGAGAAAAGAUCGCCAUUUACUUCGCCUGGCUGGGGUUCUACACAGCUUGGCUCCUCCCCGCAGCAGUGGUGGGAACUUUUGUGUUUGUGUCAGGAAUCAUGUCGAUGGGGAGCAACACUCCAGCGAAGGACAUCUGCACCAGCGGGGGGCACUAUCUCAUGUGCCCGCUCUGCAACACCUGCAGCGUGUGGAACAUCUCCGACAUCUGCCCCAUGGCAAAGUUGGGGUACCUGUUCGACCACCCGGGCACGGUCUUCUUCAGCGUCUUCAUGUCCUUCUGGGCCGUCACCUUCCUGGAGUACUGGAAGCGCAAGAACGCCACGCUGGCACACCACUGGGACUGCAUGGACUUCCAUGAGGAAGAGGAACGCCCCCGUCCAGAGUUCGCUGCCAUGGCUCCGGCCAUGGAGCACAAUCCGGUGACAGGGGUGAAGGAGCCCUACUUCCCGAAAAAGGCCCGGCUGUCCCGAAUGCUGACUGGCUCCAUGGUCAUCAUCAUAAUGCUGUGUGUGGUGAUGAUCUUCCUGGUGACGGUCAUCAUGUACCGAGGAAUCGUCAGCGUCAUGAUGUUCCACACUGGGAGCUCCAUGCUACGCACACAGGCGGGGAACAUCGCCAACAUCUCCAGCAGCAUGGUGAACCUGGCUCUGAUCCUGCUCAUGGGCCAGGUCUACACUGCGCUGGCCGAGCAGCUCACCAAAUGGGAGAUGCACAGAACGCAGACGCAGUAUGAAGAUGCCUUCACCUUCAAAGUGUUCAUCUUCCAGUUUGUCAACUUUUACUCCUCCCCCUUCUACGUGGCUUUCUUCAAGGGAAGGUUUGUGGGUUACCCUGGUCACUAUGGUACCUUAUUCGGAAUGAGAAAUGAAGAUUGCGGCCCCGGUGGCUGUCUCAUUGAACUGGCUGAGCAGCUCUUCAUCAUAAUGGUCGGAAAGCAGCUCAUCAACAACAUCCAAGAGUUCGUCAUCCCGAAGGUGAAGGCAUGGCGGCAGAGGAGGGAAAUGGCUGCCGUCAGGGGCACGCAGGUGUCCCAGGAGCCCCCGCGCUGGGAGGAGGACUACGAGCUGAUCGAGUGUGAGGGGCUCUUCGAGGAGUACCUGGAGAUAGUUCUGCAGUUUGGCUUCAUCACCAUCUUCGUGGCGGCCUUCCCCCUGGCUCCACUCUUCGCCCUGCUGAAUAACUGGGCCGAGGUGCGUCUGGACGCCCACAAGUUUGUGUGCGAGUACCGCCGCCCCGUGGCCGAGCGGGCCCAGAACAUCGGCGUCUGGUUCUACAUCCUGGAGGUCCUGUCCCACGUAUCCGUCAUCGUCAAUGCCUUCCUGAUCGCCUUCACCUCUGACUUCCUGCCACGGCUCCUCUACCAGUUCAAGUUUCACCAGGAUCUGAACGGCUAUGUCAACUUCACCCUGGCCUACUCCCCUCCGGAUUAUAACUAUGCCAACCACACCAUGUGCAGGUACAAGGCCUUUCGGGACAGCUAUGGGAGCUACACCCUGUUUUACUGGGAGCUUCUUGCAGUCCGGCUGGGCUUCAUCAUUGCGUUUGAGCACGUGGUGUUCUUCGUCCUCCGUGCGAUCGACUGGAUGGUGCCGGACGUUCCCGGGUCGCUGGAGCUGAAGAUCAAGCGGGAGCGCUACCUGGCCAAGCAGGCGCUGGCGGACAACCAGGAGGCCCUGCUGGUAGGUUGGGGCUCCGCCUCCAGCCCAGCAAGCAACGCGUCUGCUGGCUACAUGAGCUGAGGCUGCAGUGAAGAGCUGCUGCCACUAGGGGGCACUGGGCUGUGUGUGUGAGUUACAGGAUAGGUGAUUCUCUCCUUGACUAUUGUCAUGUAAGAGUAAUGUACUGGCUGUCCGUCCGCCUAUUUCUGUGUGCGUGUGUGUGUGUAUGUGCAUGUGCGCGUCAGUGUGCGAGUGUGUGUAUGUGUGUUAUUUGUCCUAUGGUUCUGUUCAUCCCUUAAUUGCAAAACUGUCCUGUUUUUUAUCGUUAUUGUCACCCGCUCUUUACAUUGCACAGAAGAACACACAAAUGUAACAGAAAUGUUCUAGGGAUGUUUCAGUGUAUGACUGACCAUAAUCUUAACACUGAUCAUCUACUCUCCCUGUAGUAUCUCUUACCCUUGUAAUGUAUAUAUACAUAUGUGAUUAUAUAGAUAUAUAUUUCAGAGACAUGUCCUGCCUUUGUAUAUUAUUGCUCUAUAUUUAUAUGGAAAAAGUGAUGUAACUAAUCAAAACAUGAGACUAUUCCUGUUGCUUAUGUAUUAGUAUGAUAAUAGCUAUUGUAUGAAAUACCGGAGGCUGUUUUCUGUUGUAUUUCAUUUUUGAAAUAAAGCUGGUCUGAUGAAUGUU